GAGGUCAUGCACUGAAAUGUCAACCCAAAGACACACUUCCAGUCGUUCGAUGGGGCAAGAAGCACGACUUCAACUCUCAAAUAUGGUACUGUCGAUAUCAGUGAAACUCUGAAACAGAAACUAAACAAUGUUCAGGGAACUGCCAAAUAACCUCAGGAUGAUGGACGAAGGCAUAUUACGCUUUAAUGUCGAAGACAAUGGUCUAGAUGAAGUCGUCGGAGACGGUGUCGACAUUACCACCUGUAUGGGUUGUGUGAUUGUAGGUAACUGGAUGUGGACGUGCAGUGGACCCAUGUUGAUGAUCAGCGUUCUGUCGGGGCAUGUAUUGCAAUGACAAUCCACGCAUUUUUCCUCUUGCUAUGCGCAGUAGGAAUCUGCAAAGCCCAGCGUCCUUGCGAAGCAAAUCCCAGCCUUGGCAAGUUUGUUGAAGUGGGCGCAAAUUUCAGCAUUUUCUGCGUCAUUCAAGGUGGUUGCAAAAGUAUCUUUGUUCACCGCGAUACCAAUCACGAACAACGUCACCAACGAGUAAAUGCCACAACAGUAAUGCACGAGGUUCAGGGAAUAAUGGGGAAUAGCACAUAUACUUGCAAAUGUGCGGAGAAGUCUCUGGUCUGUGGCGUUGAUAUAGUUGUUGGAUACCUACCUGAGGUCCCUCAAAAUCUGACCUGUGAGCAGAACGGAGAAUUUGGAAAUGUCACUUGCACUUGGAAACCAGGAAAGGACACCGGCCUGCAGACAACAUCAGAGUUUAGUGUCAGGACUGCAUCUGACAACAGCCCUGACGUCAUCUCUGAGGAGCACUCAGCCACGUUCCAUCCCGGUUCUGAGACUCAGUUCUUUGUCAGCGUGAGGGCUUCCAACAGACUGGGACACAGUGCUGCUGGUGAAAUUAAUUUCACUCUCAGUCACAUAGUGAGACCCACACCUCCAGUUCUGGCUCAGAUAGAAUGUUCCUCCCGCCUUUGCCACCUCCACAUCACCAACGUGGGCUCCUGUCACAUGCUUGAGGUUCAACACAGAAGGAAUCAUGGGCACUGGUCUACACAGCUAUUCAAUCGCACAGAGUCAAACCACAACUGGAACAUCUCUAUCUCGUUGGAGCCCUUCGUGUUUUACCAUUUCCGUGUCAAAUUGAAGUUAAGACCACACAUGGGUUUGUGGAGCCAGUGGAGCAGUUUCAACCAGCGGACUGAGGAAGAAGCACCAAUUAAAAAGCUGGAUAUUUGGUACAUUAAAGAAUCACCCUGGAUAAUCUUACUUUGGAAGGAACUGAAUCAGACAGAAGCCAGGGGAAGAAUCCUUGGAUACACAGUAUUAGUUAAGAACACUACGACAAAGAAGACCACAUCCUGGAACGUAACAAACACAUUCACAAAUGUUACUGAUCAGCUGUGCUCUCAUUGUGUCAUCACUGUCUCAGCCUUCAACUCCAGAGGCUAUUCUCCACCUGCUAAUAUAGCCAUACUAGGUGAAAAAGCACAACUUCCUCAGAAAGUGUCCCAUGUAUCUCAGAGUGAUGGCAGCAUUGCCAUCUCCUGGCAGAAGCCUGCCACUGCAGCAGUGGGGGCAGUGACUAGCUACCUUGUGGAGUGGUGCCCUGCUGGCAGAUUGUUUAAGGAACUCAAGUGGCAAAGACUGAACAGAGAGCAACUGAGUAUCAUCAUCACAGGUCUUCAGCCACAUGAGUGUUAUAAAGUCAGAGUUUACGCUCUAUUCAAAGACGGAAGAGGAAAGGCAGAAUUUGACAUUUCUCCUCAGCCUAAGGUUCCGGAGAAAGGUCCUGAUCUUAAUCGUAUUCAGUCACUGGUCACAGUUGACAACACCAUGCUGGUGACAUGGAUGCCAAUCCCAAGACAACAGUUGAGGGGUUGCCUCACUAAGUACACCAUCUAUGUUCAAGGACCAAGGACCAAAGUCCCAUAUGAUGUGUCGACAGAGCUCAUGUCUAGAAACUUCAGCGUCUCUGGUCUCACAGAUGGUCAGCAGUACAGAGUAUUUAUGACUGCUUGGACCGAAGCUGGAGAGAGUCCACCUGGAGACCCCCACUCCUUCACCGUUAAACACCAACAGAAAACUUCACCUCUGGUCUUUGGGAUCCUGGUAGCCAGCUGCAGUGUUGUGCCUUUUCUUGUGGUUCUCAUGUGCCUGUGUCAUAUCUUCUCACUUCACCAAAGAUUUCUAAGAUGCUGUCACCUCCUUCCGGACAUGGUUCCAGAUCCAGCCAACAGUAAAUGGGCCAAAGAGUGUUCAGGUGAAAAGGGUGAGAUGACUUUGAAACUGUACCUGAGUGACUCUAGUGUGAGCGAGGAUGAACCGGACACAGUGGAGGUGCAGGAGAUGCCCAGCGAGAGCUCGAUUCCCGGUGCACUGAUGGGCCUUGACAGCACCAGCAGCAGUCUGCAGCAGGGACAGGAUGUGUGCCUCUCCUUCAGCCUCAAGUCCCCUAGUGCCUACCUGAAGAGCUUCUCGCACGAGUCUUAUCAGACCCAAGAGUCUCAGAACACAGAGGUGACUGUGGACUACAUCUCCUCACAAGGGAUGAUGAGUGGCGAGAGAGAUGGAGAGCAGCAGCAAGAGGAAGAGGACGUGUGUACGGAUGGACCAAGGUUCCUUCCCUGUCCGCUCUUUGACCCUAAGGUUUCCAUAGGGGGCAAGCUUACUUUGGACUCUGUGAAAAUUGACUGUAGCAAUUUCUUGGAUGAACCAUGUUUUAUGCAUUGCUGAAAACAUGACAUCUAGGAAUUACUCAAAUAGCCUUAACAAACUUUAUGCCAGUGUCAAGCAAGAAAGCUACAAUACCGAUGGACAAUUGAAAUUGUUGCCAAUUUCCCUUGGACAAGCCAAUGACUUGAAGCUUUCUACAUGCAGGAUUCAAACAUUUUCACAACCAAUUAUGUUACAUUGGUUGCAUUGUGUGGACAAAGCAUGUCUGAAGGCCUGUAUACAUCAAUCUCUGUAACGUUCAUUAUUUUAGCUUCUGUCGAUACCAUGAUAAUGUUUCUCAUAUCUACAGUAGUUUACCUGGUCAUGUAAAUUUUGAUAACUAUGUUGAUGCCUAUAUGAAAACAUAAAAUCGCAGAAUCUAAAACGAAUCAGCCACUGUCUGCAAAGAUAGAUUUUGCACAACAUAUCUUCUACUUAGUAAAAGAAAACGUGUGAAUAAUUUGAUAGUGAGUAAACAGGCAAUGUCCCAUUA